AGUUUUAAAAAUACUCUAUGAAAUACCGUCGAGUAAGUCGCGUUCACAGUACGCGCUUCUUCCCGCCAAAUAUUUGAAGGCGAGUGAGCCACGCGCGCUCAUUCCCAUAACGGACUCUGUAACAGCUUCCAACGGACAACGCUAUAUAAAUAUCGGAAGCUCAGUGAAAGUCUUCAGAAGCAUCUCAUCAUUCCUCUCUUUCAACAAGCACAGUUUCUCCCUUCUUCUCCAAUGGCGUCUCGAGCUCUGCAAUUCACAGCAGCCUUCAUCUUCUACGCUUCGAUCGUCUUCCCCACCACUGCAGCCACAUGGUCCACAUCCUUCGAGGAUUCCUUCACAUCAUCGCCGCUGCAUUCUCAGCAGCAGCAGCUCCACGACUCGCUCUCCCCGACAGCGCUCUUCGAGCCGAUCCUCUCUCACCUAGGGUUCCACGAACUGGCCAUGGCGGUUCCUUCCCUCGCCGACUCACCUUCCUUCACCACGUGGAACGGCCCUUCCACCGUCUUCGCUCCCUCCGACACCUCCAUCAGGUCAUGCAACUCCUGCUCCGCCGCUCGCCUCCUCAGCGAGCACGUCGUUCCUGGACUCUUUGCCUUUAACUACCUCCAGACGCUAGCCUUUGGCACCAAGGUCGAGACGAUGAGCUCCGGCCACUGCCUCACCGUCACGUCAGGUACCAACGGCGCCACCAAUAGCACGAAGAUCUUCAUCAACGGCGUCGAGAUCACGAAGCCGGACAUGUUCAACAACGGCCUCGUGGUCGUCCACGGACUCCACGGUUUCGUCUCGGCGCUCUCGCCGUUCUCCUGCAGCGUCGAGAAGAUGACUCCUCUGGUGUUCCCGGCGCAGCACACCGCGGCGGCUCCUCCUUCUCCGGUGAUGCGUCUGAUGCUACGCGACGCAAUGCUUCGACUCCGCACCAGCGGAUUUGGCAUCCUGGCGCUCGGGUUGAAGAUUAAGUUCCCAGACCUCGUAGGCCUACAUAACGCCACGAUUUUCGCGAUCGAUGACGCGUCCAUCUUCGGCGGCUCUCACAGUUACGUCAGCAACAUGCGGUUCCACAUCGUCCCGAACCGCUACCUGGCGAUCACUGAUCUGGAGAAGCUCACCGUGGGAACCGUACUGCCGACGCUCGACAGGGGCCAAUAUCUGGUGGUGACGUCUUCCGGCGGACUUCCGACGCUCAGGAUCAACUACGUGCGAGUCAAGUUCCCCGAGGUGAUGAAGAACCCGAAGGUCGUCGUCCACGCCUUGUUCCUGCCGUUUCCUCAUCUCCACCCGGCCUCCGUCAGUAGCCUGGUCAACGGUCAGGUCGAAGUCGAUCACGCGGCGGCGGUGAACCAGACAGCAAAUCCAUCCUGCGCGGCUCCCGAUGAGCACGGAGGCUGUGGUGUCAUCCCGCCGCCGGAAUAUCGCGAAGGACUCUGAUGAUGGCCCCCACUGUCUUGUUGUCCUCUUGUCAGUGCGACACGUGUCAGUGGUACGUUUACUCUCUAUUAUAAAAAAAAAAAAUUCCUCUCCGUAGCUUCACAUCGCUGAAGAAUAGGAGGAUUGUCUGUAAUUGAUUGCAGUCCCAACUGGACGUACGAUUCUGUAGACCUUCCCACUCCCUUCGAGCAUCCGAUUGAUCAAAUCAAUACAUUUGAAACUUUCUCUCCAGUUUAAAGAAAUUUUGCAUGCUUCCAACCGUUCGGGGCACUAGCUAUCGGCACUGCACAAGUUUUGCCCGA